CCGACCCAGAAGCCGAAGCUGCCCCUCGCCCUCCAGCAUGAAGGUCUCUGCAGCGCUGCUGGGCCUGCUGCUCCUGGCCACUGCCUUCAGCCCCCAGGGCCUGGCUCAGCCGGAUGCACUCAAUACCCCGACCACUUGCUGCUUCACGUUCAGCAGUAGGAAGAUCCCUUUGCAGAGGCUGAAGAGCUAUUACGUCACCAACAGCCAGUGUCAACAGAAGGCUGUCAUCUUCAGAACCAAACUGAACAAGGAGGUCUGUGCCGACAUGAAGGAGAAGUGGGUCCAGAGUUAUGCGAAACACCUGGAACAAAAACCCACGCUCUGAAGGUUUGAGCUCAGCCACGCACACUAAGACCGGGCCAGAGUAUGAGAAAUGACCGUUCAGUUCUUCUCUCGCCUCCCUACCUAGACCCUGGAACAAUGUUAUUGCAAUUUCCAAACAGGAUGCUUGCUGUUUUGUCAAGCAAAUGGACUGACUAUGCCUUAAGUAAUAUUUGCUAGUAUUUGAAUUGUUGCUGGUUUAUUUUGAAUAUGGAUGAUUUUUUUCUAAAGCAAGGCCUUGAGCAAGGUGGACCCUGUCUGUAACCCCCAUUCCCAUCUGCUGUGUGUAGUGGGCAGGGGGUUUCUCUCCUGCCUCCAGGGGUUGAGAGUGCGCUGCAGGAACCCCAGGAGUGAAGGGACAGUGUCACCCAGGGAGGGGAGUGCCUUGUGCAUGGGAACAGUUGCUAAAUAUGUUAUUAUGGAAAGAUGAAUGCAACGGUAGGACUGCUGACUUUUUGCAGAAAAUAUAUC